AUGGAUCCCACAAUGGAUAUUCCUCCUCUUGAUGAUAAUUCGCUUCUUGCAUCUUCAUCAUCGGGAGCCCAUCAAACAUUUAAUUAUCCAAAAAUUGAACCACUCGGAGAAGGUACUUAUGGAGAGGUGUAUAAAUCCAUCGGACCGAACAAACAACUCGUAGCCUUGAAAUGUAUCAAACUUGAUCAACUCAAUGAAGGUGUUCCAUGUACAGCCAUUCGAGAAAUUGCCAUUCUCAAAGAAUUAAAACAUCCGAAUGUGGUGAGAUUGGUAGAUUUGGUCCACUCCAUGGAUCAAUUGACUCUGGUUUUUGAAUAUUGCAAUUAUGGAGAUUUGAAGGCUUAUAUUAACAAUGUUGCUGGGGAUGGCAAGGGUCUUCCACCGAAACAAGUGAAGAACUUUAUGCGACAAAUGCUCAAGGGUAUUGAAUAUUGUCACAUGCAAAGCGUGCUUCAUAGAGACUUAAAGCCACAGAAUAUUCUGGUGAAUGCUGGUUCAACAUUGGCUACUGGCUCAUCGUCGUCACCAGCUGGUAGUACCAACACAAACCAAACACAACAAAAACAAUUUAUUGGAAGCUCUAGCAGCAGCAGCAAUGGACAUCAUCGAGGCACCAAUACUGCUCAAAAUGUUCCAUCGUCAGAUAAAAUUGAGCUUAAACUUGGAGACUUUGGAUUGGCGCGAUCCUUUGGAAUUCCAGUAAGGAAAUUGUCACACGAAGUGGUCACCUUGUGGUAUCGUUCUAUUGAUAUUUUACUUGGAAGUCAGUCGUAUGGCUAUGGAGUGGAUAUUUGGAGUUUAGGUUGUAUUUUUGCAGAGAUGGUUACAGGUAAACCAUUAUUUACAGGCAAAGAUGAAAUGUCACAAUUAGCGAACAUUAUUUCCAAGAUGGGUCUUCCAUCAGUAACGGAUUGGCCGGAUGUCAAACAAUUACCAAAUUACGACAUACUUAUUAACAAGAUUGCCAAAAAAACCUCAAUUCCAUGCCAUGGUCGAAUUUCGAAAGAACAAUUCAGCAAAGAUAUUUUACAAAACAAGCUAGAUCCUGCAGGAGUUGAUUUACUGUACAGAAUGUUGGAAUAUGAUCCCAAUAAGAGACCAUCGGCUACAGAAUGCCUCAAACAUCCUUACUUUAGUACUCACUAG